AUCGGGGCGAGCUUCAGUCCCCAUCAUGGAGAGUCAGAGAGUCCAGUCCUCUUACAGGAAACGUUUCGGGCCUCAGGGUUCCAGCGUGGGGCUCAGAGCCGGCACCCUCUCAUCCAGCCGCCUCUCCUGGCAUGGAACACCACGCACCCUCACUCACUCCAGCCCAGUGUCUCGCCUCUCCCUGGCCUCCAGCAGCCUCAUCCUGGGGAGCCCCGGGGACCGACUGGACUUCUCAGCCGACACCCUGAUGAAGGCCCAGUACAAGGAGACGCGCACCAAUGAGAAGGUGGAGAUGAUGGGCCUGAAUGACCGCUUUGCCAGCUACAUAGAGAAGGUACGGCUGCUGGAGCAGCAGAACAAAGUGCUGGUGACGGAGUUGAACCAGCUGAAGGGGAAAGAGCCCAGCCGCCUCGGGGACAUCUACCAGGACGAGCUGAGGGAGCUGCGCCGGCAGGUGGAUGGUCUGACCGCCAGCAAGGCCCGGCUGGAGAUAGAGAGGGACAACCUGACCGCAGAUGUGGCCACGCUCAAACAGAGAUUACAAGAUGAGAUCGGCCUCCGACAGGAUGCGGAGAACAAUCUAAGUACCUUCAGACAGGACGUGGAUGAGGCGUCUCUAAAUCGAGUCCAGUUGGAGAGGAAAGUCGAUGCCCUGCAGGAUGAGAUAAACUUCCUGAAGAAAAUUCAUGAAGAGGAGCUUCGGGAGCUGCAGGAGCAGAUUGCAGCCCAGCAGGUCCACGUUGACCUGGAUGUGUCCAAACCCGACCUGACUGCUGCUCUGAGAGACAUCAGGGUCCAGUAUGAAGCCAUGGCCUCCUCAAAUAUGCAGGAGACGGAGGAGUGGUAUCGAUCCAAGUUUGCUGACCUGACAGACGCAGCCAAUAGGAACACAGAAGCCCUGCGCCAGGCCAAGCAGGAAGCCAACGAAUAUCGGCGCCAGAUUCAAGUUCUGACCUGUGACCUCGAUGCUCUCCGUGGAACAAAUGAGUCUCUGGAACGUCAGCUUCGGGAGAUGGAGGACCGCUAUUCCAUGGAGAUCAGUGGUUACCAGGACACGGUGAGCCGCCUGGAGGAGGAGAUCCAGGCACUUAAGGAGGAGAUGGCAAGACACCUGCAGGAGUACCAGGACCUCCUCAAUGUCAAGCUGGCCCUAGAUAUUGAGAUCGCCACCUACAGGAAGCUGUUGGAAGGGGAGGAGAGCAGGAUCACCAUUCCAGUCCAGAGCUUCUCCAACUUGCAGUUUCGAGAUACCAACCUGGAUACGAAAACCCCCGAGGCUCACGUGAAACGCAGCAUCCUAGUGCGAACGGUGGAGACCAGAGAUGGAGAGAUCAUUAAGGAGUCGACCACUGAGCACAGAGAUCUUCCUUAAAGCACAACCGGAGGGUUUCUCUUUUUAAAAUCCUCACAUUGUAAACCUGGAAGCUGCUGCAUCAGUCAUCACAAUUCCAUUUUUCUAUUAGUAUUUCUACCAAAACUUUCACAAUUUUUUUUUUUUUUUUUUUUUGCACAGUUUGAAGUUUAGUUUGAGUUGGAAUGUAGGCGAGUAAAUUUCAAGUCUAAAUUCACGUUUUUACAGGUGUAGUCAUAUUAAAACACUGUUACCAAUCAAGCCUCUGGGCGUUUAAGUCGUCCUUAAUGAUUGUGUGAUAAAAGAGAAAUCCUUUUUCCACAAAUAGCUGAAAAGGAAAUGCAAGGCUCUCAAUAGGACAUCAAUUGUAGAGCCAUGAAUGAAUUCAAACCACAAUUUUUGAAACCUUUAAAAAUUUCAUACAGCAGUUAAUAACACUUUUUUGCGUUGUAUGAAUACUUACAAUUCAUGCUGCUAGUGGACUCAUCUACAACUAUAAAAUAGAAUAUCAUUUUAUUGUCACUGCAGAUAAUACAACAAAAUUUAAAGAUAUUAAACUCUUAAGACAAAGG